AUGACCCGUUAGACUCUCCUGCAGUAGAGAGCUGCAAUGUCAGCUCUUCUGAUUGUGAAAUGUCAAGCUUUUCAGACGCUGCUUAGGGACUUGUAUUAACUGUUGUGUGCCUUCCUUUAUGUUUAAAGUUAAUGUAUACGUUUCCUUGUGGUUUCUGGAAGCCUCUGUGUUUGGAAUAGAUCGUUUUAUAAGUGUUUUAUAAUGCAAAUAUUCUGAAGCAAAACAUUAAACCGCCGUGUUCCGGAACAAUGUGUCUAUGAGCAAAACAACACUAGAAUCACUCUUAUUAAACCAAGUCAUGAGUCAAUGGAAGCAAGUCCAGCAGCUGGAGAUCAAGUUCUUGGAGCAGGUGGAUUAUUUCUACGAUGACAACUUCCCGAUGGAAAUACGCCAGGUGCUAGCUGGAUGGAUCGAGAGUCAAGACUGGGAUACAGCUGCCAACCACGAGUCCAUGGCCACCGUUCUCUUCACCAGCCUGCUGACCCAACUGGAGAGACAGUGCACCCAGGAGCAGAACUUCCUGCAGAGGCACAACCUGAAGAGAAUCCACCAGCAGCUUCAGGUGAAGUACAAAGCCAGUCCUCUCCAGAUGGCUGCUGUCAUCUCUAACUGUCUGAGAGAGGAGAGACGUAUCCUGUCCACUGCUAGCAUGCAGGAGCAGGGACCCUUGGAGAAGUCAAUGCAGAACUCCGUCGCAUUCGAGCGACACAAGAAUCUCGACAACCGUGUGGCGGUGAUAAGGAGCAGCGUGCAGAUGGUGGACCAGGCUGUGAAGUACCUGGAAGACAUGCAGGAUGAUUUUGAUUUCCGCUUCAAGACGCUGCAGUCUCGAGAUCCAGCGGAGAGGAACAGCAUCUACAUGAAGCAGGAAGUGACAGCUCUCCAGGACAUGCUGAAUCGACUCGAUUUCAAAAGAAAGGAAAUCCUGACCAAGAUGACGGAUGUGAUAAAGGAGAUUGAUGCACUGAUGAGCGCGCAGCUCAUGCCUGAGCUCAUGGACUGGAAGCGGAGGCAGCAGAUUGCCUGCAUUGGAGGCCCGUUGCUCACAGGCUUGGAUCAGUUGCAAUACUGGUUCACGCUGACAGCCCAGAGCCUCUUUCAGAUCAAGAGGCAGCUGGACAAGCUAGGGGACCUGAUCCUCAAGGUGACCUAUGAGAGUGACCCCAUUCCGCUGCAGAAGCCCCAGAUGGAGGAACAGGUCAAACACCUCAUCUACAUCCUCAUCAAAAGCUCUUUUGUGGUGGAGAAGCAGCCAUGCAUGCCUACCCACCCUCAGAAGCCCCUUAUCAUAAAGACACAAGUGCAGUUUACCACAAAAGUCAGGUUGCUGGUCAAACUUCCAGAAGUGGAUUACCAGCUAAAGGUGAAGACCACAUUUGACAAGGACCUUCCACCUGGCAGAGUGAACCGACAGUUUUUCAUCCUGACGAACAACACCAAAGUGAUGGAUGUGGAGGAGUCAUCCAAUGGCUGUCUGUCUGUGGAGUUUCGGCAUCUGCAACUGAAAGAGCGGAAGUUCAUAAACGGGACCAAAGGCAAUGAGGGGCCUCUGACUGUGACGGAGGAGCUGCACUCGCUCAGUUUUGAGGCGCAGUUCUGUAUGCAAGGCCUCAACAUCGACUUGGAGACCUGCUCACUUCCCCUGGUCGUCAUCUCCAACGUCAGUCAGCUUCCUGGGGGAUGGGCUUCGGUCAUGUGGUAUAACCUAUUGACAGACGAGCCCAAGAACCUGUCAUUCUUCAGCAAUCCAUCGCGUGCUACCUGGAGCCAGCUGUCCGAGGUGCUCAGCUGGCAGUUCUCCACAUUUGCGGGGCGCGGCCUCACCCGGGAGCAGUUGAGCAUGCUGGGAGAGAAGCUUCUAGGCCAGCAAGCCUCCCACAAUGAUUGCCAAGUUUCUUGGUCCAAGUUCUGCAAGGAGAACAUCCCAGGGAAGCCAUUCAACUUCUGGAUGUGGCUUGACUCCAUUCUGGAGCUCAUCAAGAAACACCUGCUGCCUGUGUGGAUUGAUGGGUACAUCAUGGGCUUCGUCAGCAAGGAGAUGGAGCGGGCUUUACUGAAGGAAAAGGAGCCGGGCACCUUCCUACUGCGCUUCAGUGAGAGCCACCUGGGAGGGAUCACCUUCACGUGGGUGGAGCAGGGAGAGAAUGGUGAGGUGAAGUUCAACUCCGUGGAGCCAUACACCAAGAGUCGCCUUAGCGCACUGCCAUUUGCCGACAUCAUCCGCGACUACAAAGUGAUCGCCGAUGGGAUUGUGCCGGAAAACCCACUGAAGUUCCUGUAUCCAGACAUCCCCAAGGAUGAAGCCUUUGGGAAGCAUUACAACAGCCAGCAGAGCAAAGCUUUUCCAUACAUCCCUUCUGUCCUGAUUCCAAUAUCCUUGGUCUCCAGCGUGACACCACCCUCCUCCGCUUCCCCGGAACCACCCAUGAGCCCCGGCAUGUUCGACAUGCUGAAUCAGCAGCUGGACCCCUUCGAGAUCGAGACUGCUAUGAGUUCACCGUACUCAGAGUAAGGAGGAGAAUAGACCAGUGACAUCAUCGGACAUACUGGCCUGUCAUCUGUUCUGCCAGAACCAUCAACAGCAUUUUCACUGUUCUGUUAUGUACUGUACAGAUAAUGCACUAUUCCCUUUUGAAAAUUUGGAAUCCGUGCUUUAAGUUUAGAUGCAGUCAGAAAUCAUGCAUUUUUAAUGUAUAUGUGAUCAUGUUUUAUUUCUAGGCUCCUGCUUUUAUUUUUUCUUUUACAAUUUUAGAGCUUGUAAAAAGCAUUUACUGGGUAUUUUGCACUAUAUUCUUGCUAUAAAAAAUGUGCAGAGUCAACUUCUGCCAUAACAUUUCUGAAUGUGUUUCAUAUGACCCUAAUGAGAUGACUUUUCAGUCACACCCAGUAUUUAAAUACCUUUCAAGCAAAUUAUAAUCAACUAUUACAUUUAUGUAAAUAUUUCUUAGCUCAAAAUAUAAACACUGCAAAUUCUCUAGUUGACGACCUCCGCCCGGUAUGACUUUGGAGUUGUGAACAGUGCUUUAUUUGUCUGUGAUCUCCUCACAAAAUGUUGUAUAUCUGGCAAAUUCUUCCUUAGUAAAUAAAAUUAAUAAAUGACUCAAAUAUCAGGAUUAAAAGUUUCAGAUUAGCA